GCCCGGGGACCGCCGCCGGCGCCAUGGACCGAGGCCGGGUGCUGGAGCAGCUGCUGCCUGAGCUCACGGGGCUGCUCAGCCUCCUGGACCAUGAGUACCUCAGUGACACCGCCCUGGAGAAAAAGAUGGCUGUGGCCUCCAUCCUGCAGAGCCUGCAGCCCCUCCCAGCCAAGGAAGUCUCCUACCUGUAUGUGAACACAGCAGACCUCCACUCUGGGCCCAGCUUCGUGGAGUCCCUCUUUGAAGAGUUCGACUGUGACCUGAGCGACCUCCGGGACAUGCCAGAGGAUGACGGGGAGCCCUGCAAAGGAGCCAGCCCUGAGCCAGCCAAGAGCCCGUCUCUGAGACACUCAGCCGACCUGCCUCCACCGCUUCCCCAACGGCCCCCACCAGAGGACUACUAUGAAGAGGCCCUACCCCUGGGACCGGGCAAGUCCCCUGAGUACAUCAGCUCCCACAGUUCCGCUCCUUCCACCAACCCCACAGAUGGCUGCAGCCCAGCCCACUCCAUCAUGGAUGGCUACUACGAGGAUGCAGACAGCAGCUACCCCGCGACCAGGAUGAAUGGGGAGCUAAAGAACUCCUACAAUGACUCGGACCCGAUGAGCAGCUCCUACGAGUCCUAUGACGAGGAGGAGGAGGAGGGCAAAGGGCCGCAGCCUACACACCAGUGGCCCUCAGAGGAAGCCUCCAUGCACCUGGUGAGGGACUGCAGGAUAUGCGCCUUCCUGCUUCGGAAAAAGCGCUUCGGGCAGUGGGCCAAGCAGCUGACCGUCAUCAAGGAGGACCAGCUCCUGUGUUACAAAAGCUCCAAGGACCGGCAGCCGCAUCUGAGGCUGGCGUUGGAUGUCUGCAGCGUCACCUACAUGCCCAAGGACAGCAGGCACAAGAGGCACGAGCUGCGUUUCUCCCAGGGGGCUACCGAAGUCUUGGUGCUGGCCCUGCAGAGCCGGGAGCAAGCUGAGGAGUGGCUGAAGGUCAUCCGAGAGGUGAGCAGGCCUGCCGGGGCAACGGAGGGCACAGACGUGCCCAGAUCCCCUGUCCUCCUGUGCAAGCUGGACCUAGACAAGAGACUGUCCCAAGAGAAGCAAACUUCAGACUCGGACAGCCUGGGCAUGGGUGACAGCUGUUCUACUCUGGGCCGCAGGGAGGCCUGCGACCAAGGCAAAGCGAAGAAGAGCAGUCUGGCAGAGCUGAAGGGCUCCGUGAGCAGGGCUGCCGGCCGCAAGAUCACCCGCAUCAUCAGCUUCUCCAAGAAGAAGCCGCUGGCUGACGACCCGCAGAUGCCCUGCUCCGAGGAGGAGGUCCCGUGCUGCGGCUACCUGAACGUGUUGGUGAACCAGGGCUGGAAGGAACGCUGGUGCCGCCUGAAAUGCAACACUUUGUACUUCCACAAGGAUCACACAGACCUGAGGACCCACGUGAAUGCCAUUGCUCUCCGCGGCUGUGAGGUGGCCCCAGGCUUUGGGCCCAGACAUCCAUUUGCCUUCAGGAUUCUGCGCAACCGGCAGGAGGUUGCCAUCUUGGAGGCAAACUGCUCUGAGGACAUGGGCCGCUGGCUUGGGCUGUUGCUGGUGGAGAUGGGCUCCAAAGUCACUCCCGAGGCGCUGCACUAUGACUACGUGGAUGUGGAGACCUUAACCAGCAUCGUCAGUGCUGGGCGCAACUCCUUCCUAUACGCAAGAUCCUGCCAGGAUCAGUGGCCUGAGCCCCGUGUGUACGAUGAUGUCCCUUAUGAAAAGAUACAGGACGAGGAGCCCAAGCGUCCCGCGGGCACCCAGGUGAAACGCCAUGCCUCCUCCUGCAGCGAGAAGUCCCAUCGAGUGGAUCCACAGGUCAAAGUCAAGCGCCAUGCCUCCAGUGCCAAUCAAUACAAGUACGGCAAGAACCGAGCUGAGGAAGAUGCCCGGAGGUACCUGGUAGAAAAAGAGAAGCUGGAAAAAGAGAAGGAGACAAUCCGGACAGAGCUGAUGGCACUGAGGCAGGAGAAGAGGGAGCUGAAGGAAGCCAUCCGGAAUAAUCCAGGAACGAAGUUAAAGGCUCUGGAGGAGGCCGUGGCUGCCCUGGAAGCUCAGUGUCGGGCAAAGGAGGAGCGCCGAAUCGACCUGGAGCUGCGGCUUGUGGCUGUGAAGGAGCGACUACAGCAGUCCCUGGCAGGGGGCCCGACGCUGGGGCUGUCCGUGAGCAGCAAGAACAAGAGUGGGGAAACUGCAAAUAAACCCCAGAACAACGCCCCAGAGCAACCUCUCCCUGUCAACUGUGUUUCUGAGCUGAGGAAGAGAAGCCCAUCCAUCGUAACCUCCAACCAAGGAAGCGUGCUACAGAAAGCCAAGGAAUGGGAAAUGAAGAAGACCUAGAAAAAGGAUGAAGAUUUCAUUCCAAAGGAAAUACAAGAUUGUAUUGGAAACACUUUUUUCACAAGGAGAUGCCAGGACACUGGAAGUAGUCCCCACUGGAAGUAGCCUCUCCAGGGCACCCAGAAGACCAGCUUUUACAUGAUUUGCAUGAUGACAGGGGAAACGGGGAGGGAAGAAAUGGGAGGAAGGACAUGGAGGGCGUCCUUUUAACUUCCCAGAGGGUGGAAAACGGGGAUGGAGGGAGUUAGAAAUCUGCACCACUGUAAAGGUUUUGUUAAAUGUCUUUGCCCUCAUUUCUGAAGAAAUGAAAGCCCACGUGAAUAAGCCAUUCCAUCCCAUUCUAGCGUCCCACUCCCAGGCGAUAGGGCAAAGGAAGACAGUGCUGAAGCAUCAGUAGGUAGUACAGUACAAAGAGCCAAGCUUUGAUCAUCUGAUCACACUUGUGCCAAGUGGAUUCAUGUGGGGCAUCACUGACAACCUCUGGGCAACAUAAAGAGGCCGAAAAAUCAAUAGAAUUUCCCUGCCUGCAUGAACGUGAACAAAAGCUACAGACAACACACAAAUUCUGCAGUCAUUCCGUCUGUGCUUCAGAGCUGGGCGGAUGCGGCUACCAGAACCCUGCAUUUGAGGUGCUUUCCAAUUAGAAAUCUGCUACGCAGCAGGUGAGGGGAGACUCAGCAGGGGACUUGUUUUCAACCCACAGCGAUAGUGACAGGAACAUGGAUUCCUAAUGUCCACAGUAUGGUGCAGGAAUUGUAGGGUGGGGUCAUUUGUAGCCAAUCAAGUCCUUUACCUAUUUCAUUUGACACUCGGGCUCCAGGAGGUAGAGCUAGAGAACCAUGUGACGCUCUGUAUGUCUUUAUCCUGAUUUUGCACUUAAAGGCUCUCCAGUCUGUACUUCUGUACCUGCUGUCAAGGAAAACUAUCAGGGAGAAUCGAAGGACGGUGGCUCAUUUCUGCUGGGAGUGCCUUUUACUAACACUUGAUACUUUUAUAGGGGAGCGGGACCUCAAGUCUUGGGCAGUCUCCUUACUGUGCCACUCACCGCUUUCUCAACACUGUAGACACUUUUUUGGUCUUUAUAUCUCCUUCCAAAGUAAGAUAAAACCAGUUAACUGUUAAGAGCUCAAAGGCUGGGACGCCUGGGUGGCUCAGUUGGUUAAGCGGCUGCCUUCGGCUCAGGUCAUGAUCCCAGCAUCCUGGGAAG